AUGCGGUCGGUCCUGCGCUUCCUCCGGUCACAGGGCGCCCAUCGCGACUGUGCUGAUUUUCCGUGCUGCUCGCCUCCUGCAGAGGCGUACGCAGAGGGGGACGCCGUGAAGGCGUUGCCGAGCGAGGACGACGGGGGGAGCACCAGGUGCCCCACCCUCGAUUUGCCAGGGCAGCACGGCGACGCCCGCGACGCCUGCCUCGCGGAGGCCAUGCAGGGCAUGGGCGACGCCGACGCGGCUAGAUGGGCCUGGGGCGCCGAGCUGGGCAUGGCGAGUGAGGACGUGACGAUCGAGAAGGUCAUCGCCAGCGGCAGCACCUCCGAAGUCUUCUGCGGCGCCUGGCAGGGCCGCCAGGUCGCCGUGAAGCGCCUGACGGGGGGUGGCCAGAAGAGGGCAAGCGCCUUCGUCCGGGAGCUGGGCGUGAUGUCGCGUCAGCAGCACCCGAAUCUGGUCCGCCUGCUCGGGUUCUGCCAUGACGAGGGCGCCUUCGACAUGGUGCUCGAGUUCUGCCGGGGCGGCUCCCUGUUCCACCUGCUGCACACGUCCGAGGUAGACGUGGUGCCCACUCAGCAGCUCAAAGUUGCGAGAGACGUCGCCGAGGGCAUGGUGUACCUCCACGGGCUGGCGACGCCGGUCCUCCACCGCGACCUGAAAUCCCUGAACAUCGUGCUCCAGGAGCCUGUCUGCUCACCAGGCGACGUGCCGCUUGCAAAAGUUACGGACUUCGGCCUCGCGAAGAUUCGCAUGGGCCCAGCACAGCACGGAGUCGCUCGGCCCAUCGGCGGCGAGCCGGGACAGGGCUGUGACGCGGCAGCUACUUCGAGGUUGUCGACGCCCUGCGCUCCCUUCGUCCCCGGAUCGAUCUGCGACAGCGCGGAAGGCGGCAGCGACUGGGCUAUGACACGCUCAGCGGGCACCCUGCAGUGGAUGGCGCCAGAGAUCCUGGCUGGGCGCACCGACUACUACCUGGAGGUCGACGUGUACGCCUACGGUAUGCUGCUCUUCGAGAUCAUGUGCUUCGAGCCCCCCUUCGUGGACAUGGAGGCCGCGGAGGUCUCGCGGCUCGUCUUGCAGGGCGUGAGGCCCAAGAUCGACGUCGAGUGCGCGACGGCGGUGCCCCUCGAGAAGCUGACGCGGGCUUGCUGGGCGCAGGAGCCCAGCGAGCGGCCCACCUUCUUCUCCCUGAAGGUGGAGCUGGAGGGUCUGGCAUAG